GGCUCAGUCGGGAUGAGUUCUCCUGCGUUGUGACAUCUUUGUAAAACAGCGCUCCCUGGUGGCGACUCGGGUGAAUUGCAACGCUAGCUGUCCCACUUCUUAGCUUACUUGUCCACCUCGAGAUUUAGCAUUUUACUACACACACAAGUGUAUGAGGUGAACGCAGCGUAACGCAAAGGACAUGCUGCCGCUGAAUUAAAACACACGCCUCCCAGAGAGACGCUGCUCCCCAGCACACGACGCUGCAGGGAGUUCACAUUUCAGACGGAUUGAGUCGGUGGAUACAACUGUGUGCUAACGUUAGCCACACUCGCAAACAAGGAUAGCAGUUGGCUAACGGUACGACUGCCGGCUACACGACCGCUGGACACCGUCCGGUGGCGUAACGUGUCAUGCGUUUGUUAUAAGCUGCUUCGUUGGAGGCUCUGGUUCCUCCUGUGUCCGUAUAAUUAACCACCCACUCCGUGCUCGUUGUCUGUGGGUAGUAGCUUCCUUGCUAGCUGGCUAACUCGCUGCUAAGUGGGGACCAUAACAAGGCGGUCAUGUCAGGAAUUAAAAGGAAAAUAGAAGGCAAUGAUCCCGACUAUGAUGACAUUUCGCUGUUUCAGAAUAGUAAGAGAAACAAAGCGGCUGAACAUAAUGCCCGAGAAGCAGCAGUACAGAAGAUUGAGACCAUCAUCAGGGAGCAGUUUUCUCUGGAGAUGAAGAACAAAGAGCACGAGAUCGAUGUGAUCAGUCAGAGACUCAAUGAAGCCAGGAGGAUGAUGGACAAGCUCAGGGCAUGCAUAGUGGCUAAUUACUAUGCCAAUGCAGGAAUAAUAAAGCUCCCAGAGCAUGUUUCCAAGAGUGACCCUGCCGCGCUGAACCAUCCAGCCAUCCGGCGGUUCCUGGAGUCCCCAUCCCGGUCCUCUUCCCCUCUCAACCAGGGCUCUGAGACUCCCUCUCUGGCCCACUCAGAGUCCGAGUCCCUCUCCCAGCAAGGAGAGGGAGCUGAGAGGGAUGGAGAGGGGGCGUGGAGAGACGACGGCGGCGGGCCGGAGCGCAGACCAGGGCGCAAUACGGGCACGGACACAUUUGGUGUGCCAUUGUCCUUAGGAGCAGAGCAGAGGGUGACUUAUCAAACCUCUGGAAAUGAAUCCUCUCGACUCUAUGCAAAGAAGACCAUUGUAGUGGGGAACGUGUCCAGGUACAUUCCCCCAGAUAAGCGUGAAGAAAAUGACCAAUCUACCCACAAGUGGAUGGUGUACGUCAGGGGCUCCAGGAGGGAACCCAGUAUCGACCACUUUGUGAAGAAAGUCUGGUUCUUCUUGCAUCCCAGCUACAAACCCAACGACCUCGUGGAAGUCAGUGAGCCGCCCUUUCAUUUAACACGUCGCGGUUGGGGGGAGUUCCCUGUGAGGAUCCAGAUCCACUUCAAAGACACUCGCAACAAACGCAUUGACAUCAUCCACCAGCUAAAGCUGGACAGAACAUACACUGGGCUGCAGACACUCGGGGCAGAAACUGUGGUUGAUGUGGAGCUCUAUAGGAACUCUCUCGGGGAGGACUACAUCCCUCAGCCCUCUUCCUCCAAGGUGACUCACAGAGCAGCCAGCCCCACGUUGGCCACCUCCCUGGACCAAAGUUCUCCCAUCUCACAUGAUACAAGUGCAGAAAAAGGUUUCAUCAAAGUGGAGAUGGGAAGGUCUGCAGGCGGCCAUAGCUCCGGCCUCACCGCUGGUGAACGCACUCCAACCCGACCCAAAGUCAGCGACAGGAUCACUCUGGGUUCCCAUGGCAACUCGGCCUUCCAGCCCAUCACAGCGAGCUGUAAGAUUGUCCCAAUAGGAUUUCCUCCCAGCCCUGCCGAAUCGCCCAGUAAAUCGUUCCAACCGAUCACCAUGAGCUGUAAGAUUGUUUCAGGGUCUCCCAUCUCCACGCCGAGCCACUCGCCGCUGCCUCGCACACCGACCACCUCGACCCCCGUCCACAGCAAGCAGAGCUCCUCAGUCCUCAAUAACCCGUACAUCAUUGUUGACAAGCCUGGCCAUGUGAUCGGCAUGGCUUCCUCAUCCGCUGCCUCCACAGGAAUCACCUCAGCCAAACAGUCUGUUGCUCAAGGCACUCGCUCUCCAGCCCCCAAAGUUCACACUGGCACCUUUUUCUCUUCAGGGAUGAAGGUUAUUAUCAAGCAAGAGCCAGGGGAGGUUUCCACACAUCAGCAGCAGAUGGUUUCCACAGUAACCAGCCAGCAGCAACCUGCCGCUACAGCAGCACACCAGUUUGUCGCAGUGAAGGGAGGUCACAUGAUCUCCAUGUCGGCCCAGAAACAGGCCGGAGGGGCCACGGGGGCAACAACUAACAAGAUGUUGGGCAUUCCCGUUAGCUCAACGUUCCAGUCUGCAGUCAAACAGGUGGCUAUCAGCAGUGGACAGAUUCUGGUGACCAAGGGCAACCCUUGUGUCUCCAAGGUGAUGGGCGGGAAGCAGGUUUUGGCUCAGGGAGUCGCUAAAGCCAUCGUCAGUGGAGCCAGUAGCAUCUCUGGUCCGCAGGCCGCCGCCAAGGUGGCUGGUGGUUCAAGUGGCAAGAGCGGAGUGAUGGCCACUCUUCAGCUGCCAGCCAACAAUUUGGCCAAUCUGGCCAAUUUACCGCCCGGCACCAAGCUCUACCUGACCACCAACAGUAAGAAUCCUUCGGGAAAGGGCAAGCUGCUUCUCAUCCCACAGGGAGCUAUCCUCCGAGCCUCCAGUGCAAGUCAGCAGUCCCAGAGCAGCUCAUCGGCAGGCGCUGGCGCUUCUCAGACCUCCUCUUCCUCUUCCAGCAGUCUGCCCUCUAACCUCUCCUACACGUCAUAUAUCCUUAAGCAGACCCCACAGGGCACGUUCCUGGUCGGCCAGCCAGCCCAGGGUUCAGGGAAGCAGGCAGGUUCCAGCUCGGCAGGCCAUGCAGCAUCAUCUCCAGCAACUGCUACCCAGCAGGCCAUCCGGGUGACAGCCGGCCAGAAGGCAGCUAUCCUGGCUCAGGUGGUGGGCGGCUCCCAGGGUGCACAGAUGAAGUUGUCUGACGGCUCAGUCAAGACGGUCACGGCGUCUGCAGCGGGCCACUUGUCCAAGCCGGGGACGACCAUGUUGAGGAUGACAGGCGGAGUCAUCACUGCCGCUAGUUCCACUCCCGGCUCCGUCGGGGCUGCAGCCAGUCAACAACAGGCUGCCGAUGGCGGGAAGUCUGCCUCUCAGCACCACUCGCUCCUGGUGGCAGCCAACCAAGCCGUGGUCAUCAGUGCAGCUAAGAGCGCCAGCGCUGCCGCUGCUGGGGGCAGCCUGUCAAAGACGGCGAUGGCCAACUUGGUCAAGGGUGCUGGCAACUCCGCCACAAUGACGAAGGGUGCUGCAGGCUCGGCGGGAGCCGUGGUAACGGUCGCCAAAGGCGUUGCCAACAUGCCCGUCGUCGGCAUGUCGAAGGGUGCAGGGGUGGGGCCUGUGGUGGGUGCGCCCAAAAGCAGCGGCACGUCAUUGGUCACUGCGGCCUCGUUAGUCAGCGGGAUGGUUGCAGGAGGAGGGAAGACGGGCGCUACUCUCUCAGGUAUGCUGAAGAUCCACUCUGGAGGCUCCAGCUCCCAGCAGACUGUCUUAACCAUCCCUGCCAACCAGCUCAAGCAGCUGGGGGUCGGCGCUGGUUCUGGGGGGGUGCAGAACAUACUCAUCAUGCCGCUUGGGAAAGUGUCUAAAGGCCCAGUCUCCAGUACUCCUCUUUCCUCCUCUUCCACCACUCCUGGAGCAGCUGGAGCCUCCCCGAGUCCCGCCAGCCAGGCGUCCCCCUCCCUUGCCCUGCCUCUGGCACAAGUGAAGACGGAGCCCGGUGCCAGCACGGCGGUCACAGCCGCUCCGUCUCCCCCGGUGGCUGCUCCCGGAGCCUCUUCUGUCAACGUGGCCUCUGCAGCCACCACAGUCAAGCAGGAGCAAGGGGCAGAUAACUCUGCACACGACCUCAUCAACACUGAACACAUAGAGACCAUGAUGCAGCUGCUGACUGCCGUGAUGAAGAAGUUCCCUCUUAUUGUUCCAGAUAAAACUGAAGACUCCCAUCCAUUCUGUGCCUCUUCAACUGAACAGUAUUAUUCCUGGACUAUUGGCAAGCGCAGAGCGUCAGAGCUUCAGCGAGCGGUGGCAGUGAAGCGGGUGGUCCAGGACGUGUUGGACCGCUCCCCCCGCCUGCAGGCCCUCACCCCCCCAAAGACCAGAGAGGUGGCGCAGUGGUGCCGGCAGAGGGGCUACACGCCACCCGACCUCGAACCCCAACGCAAGAAUGACGACGAGUCCAUCGAGGACAUCCUCACUCAGAUUGAUAACGAGCCCGAGUGCCCGACCACCCUGAGUAGCUGUGAGGAGCUGGUGCUGCGGCUGGAGCAGAUGCAAGCUCUGCUGAAGACCGAACCGGAGGAGGCCGACGACCAGAUAGUCGACAUCGUCACGGUGACCCCUCCCUGCCAGAAACUCAAGGUCAAAGAAGAGGCGCAAGAGGCUGAUUUGGAGCCUAAGUUCUACCUGGGCCCCUGCCUGUCCGCUCAGUUUGUCAGUGAAGCAGCGCAGCAGAUCGGGGUAAACUUCCAGCCAGUCGAGGUGGAGAAAAAUGUGUUCGCUCCAGUAGUGGAAGCCAUGAUUCUGAAGGCUACUGAACAGUUUGCCAGUGACGUCCUGAGAGAAGCUCUGGCGGGGGCCUACACUAAGUCCCCACAGAACAGGGCUCCAAGAGAGAUCACGGCCAUGAACAUCCACCAGGCCGCCAGUAGCAUCCCCACCUGUGACUUCAUCACCAACACACACAUGGGUUACCUGACGAAGGACAAUUGAGGCGUCGUGACAUCGGCUGUAACCCGACACCCAGAUGUGAGGAGGUGCAUGUUGACCGCCAGUGGACUCUGAAGGGACGGACCCGUCACACCUGGACGUAGCGCUGCUGCUCUCACUAAUGUACUGGUCAUUAACGUAGUCAUAGAAGGGCUCGGCUCGCUCACACAGCCGUUUCUACUACCCCGAGUAUAUUUUGGUCCUCGUGUUUCGAGAAGCGGCAUCGCGGGGCGUUUGAUGUUGAGAAGCCGCCGUGCUCUCGCUUACCUCAUAACAAGAUUGUCUCGAUGAUGAAGUGUUUCCUGCUAGACAGCCAGCCAGUCGCCGGGGAAAUGAAGCCUGAGUCCGGGACUAGAAGACUCCACCAGACGGCUGUUCCCUCCUCCUCCUCCUCCUCCUUCUUCUUCACCCCACUGUCACAGUGUCGGCUUGUCAACAGGUGGACCACAGAUUCAAAACAAGUUGGAAACAUUAAUGAACAUCCGAGUGUUUGAGUUCUCUAUCAAUCACCUUGGUAGUGAUGUCAGGCGGGCGCUUUGGGCAACGAGAGAGAUUCUUCCACAAGUGCCAUUGCUAUGGCAACCAAUGAUUCGUCACUGCCAACAUCCUUUGAUGUCGUUCAGUGUAACCUGGCUGAAGUAAUUAUGGUUCCUACGAUGCCGCUGUUUUAUGAAGUCUCUUCAGAGGAGGCGACUGAUUCAUGUUUCUUAUUUUUAUGUUGCACACAGAUUAUGAAACAUCCCAUGUUUGAUUUACCAAGAAAGACACAGCGAGUAUCUACUUGACAAACAAUCCUGUCGUUAUGACUUCAAGACGUCACUCUGAAUAUGUAUCUUCUCUCCUGCGUGAACCCGCUCUGAUGGCCAGUUGAAAGUGCUUUUAAGUGUUCUGGUUAACAGCCAUGAUGUGUCGAUCAUGUGACGUGCACAGUGUUUAUGACUAAUAUGAAAUAGAUGGUGUUUUCUAAUCCUGUUGUAUUUUUUAAUCUAAUAACAAUAACUGCGAACAGUAAUGCCCUUACAGGUGUGUGUGUCUCUGUGUGUAUGAAUAUGUGUGGCUAGUGAUUGUAGUAAUCACAAAAGUUAAUUAAUUUGAUGUUAAGUGAGUGCCUGUGUGUGUGUGUGUCGUCAGCCCAUCUAUAGUUUGGUCGUGUGUCUCAUGUGGAGCUUUGCAUUAUGUUGAUGUCUCGAGGAUUGGACAGGUGUUUGGCCGAGUGGUUUCGAGGCCCCUUCAACUGAGUCGUAGUGGAAGGUUAGCGAGCGUUGUAUUCUCAUGUUUCAGUGCAAACCAAUAAUAUAAUCAAUAUUCUUGUAAUAAACAAAGAAAAGCUCUAGCUGAGUUAUUUCUUGCAAACGAGA